AUGUCUGAAGCAACCCUGUCCAUGGGUGAGGACAAAACCAUUCACAUGUGGGAUACGUCAAAGAGGACCAUGGUUCAGACGUUCUGUAGGGAACGCAAUAGGUCCUGGGCCCUGUGUGCACAUCCAGAGCUGAAUUUGUUUGUGGCUGACAAAUAUGUGUGUCAGCACAACUUGACAACUGGAUCCAAUGUUGGUGUUCUGAGCAUGCAAAAGCUUGGCAACCAGUAUAUCCAGCCACAUACUUUGAGCUUCAACCCCUGUGGAGUGCACUGUUCUUGUCACUUUGACAAUGGGAUCUAUGAGUUGGCUACCUUGCCCAAGGAUGCCAGUGGAGAACUGAGAGAUUCCACCUCUGACAGAAAGCAGGGUUCUGGCUACAGUGCCAUUUUUGUCGCUCACAAUUGCUUUGCAGUGCUGGACAAGAAUGCUGAGACAAUUGAGAUCCGUGAUCUCAAUAACACUCUGACCAAGAUGAUCAAACCACAAGUACAAACAAGCAAGAUUUUCUACAGUGGCACUGCAAGUAUUUUGCUAAGUUUGCCUACUGCAGUAGUUUUGUUUGACAUCCAACAACAGAAGGUUCUGCCCCAGCUGAGCACUCAGGUCAUGAAAAACACUGUGUGGAACUCAGAAGGUGCUAAUGUUGCUCUGCUUGGCAAGCACAAGACUGCAGUUGCACUCAACUGGCCUGAGAGCUGGAACAGCCUUGCUCAGCAAGUGUUGGAGCAGGGUAAUUACAAAAUUGUGCAAACUGCCUACCAAACUGUGUGGAACUCUGAUUGCUUGUCCUUCCUAUACAUGACAAUGGGUGCACAUGAGAAGCUUGUGAAGAUGGCCAAGAUUACCAAGCCUCAUGGCAAUCAGAUGUCAAUGUUCCACAACUCACUCUACCCAGGUUGCCUAGCUGAAGGGGCUCCCUAUGUCAAUGGCACUGAUGCUGCUGCUGCCAACCCCACUCUGGAUGAGUGGGAGGGUGACAAUGCUGGUCCAGCUGUUGAUCAAGGGAACGUUGAGGGCUGUGGCUUAGAUGAAGCCAUUGUUCCUCAUGCUGAAGAGGAAGAAGAGGAAGAGCAGGUGGACUUGGCUUAUUCUGCACCAGGUAUUAGUGAGGCAAAUCUCUGGGUCCACAACUCCCCAGUCAAAUCAGACCACAUUGCUGCUGGGUCCUUUGAUACAGUGAUGCAGCUGCUCAAUUGCCAAGUCAGCAUGGUCAACUUUGAACCACUCAAGCCUAUCUUCUUAUCCAUCUAUUGUUCCUCUUAUGCAUGUCUCAUGGUGAACACUUCAGUGCCACCUAUUCAGAUACCUCUUCGCUGGCAACUUACUUCUUCCAAGCCCAGCCAGGUGUACCUGACCAUAUCCCAAACCCUCCAAACAGAGGCAAAGGAGCUCUGUGACAUCAUUUUGUCAUGCAAAGAGCAUUUGUUAGGGAUCUCUAUUGGCCUGGGGGGCUGUUGCCUUGCCCAGGAUGAGCCAGAUAAUGUCUGCCAGAGCAUAGAGCUGGCAGCAUACUCCAUGAACUGCAAGCUGCAACCUGCCCACCAUAUGAUCACUGUUCACAAUGGAAUGGCUGUGUUCUCACAGGCCCAAAACUUUGCCACUGCGCUGUGUUUGCCAGGGAGUGUAGUCAAGGGAUUGCAAUGUACUGGGGCCAGGAGCAUAGUUCAGAGAUUGCAAUGUACCGGGGCCAGGAGCAUAGUUGAGGCCAGGAGCAUAGUUGAGGAGCCUGUCUACAGAGUGUGUCAGGAUCUUCCCAACAAGAAUGUUUGGAUCUCAGAUCCUGCCAAGAGGAUUCCCAAUGGGGUAGCCAUUGCACUCCAAAUGACCAACUUCCAUGAUCCCCUUGCAACUGAGUUUGGGACCCAAUUAUCCCACAGAAUGUAUGAUACUCCAAAAGGGAAUUUACCUUUCAGAAAGGAAGUACUAAAGAGCGAGCUCACCAGUACCAUCAUGCUGCCUCCUGAUCCAUCAUCUUCCCUUGCUCAAACUCCUCAAAUGAGUGCAAUGUAUAGACCCAUGUCUGAGUUUGGCAUAUUGGUGUCAUGGAACCUGAAUGGGGAUAUUGAGGUGGUUGACCUGUAUUAG